UAUGUUCACCCGUUACUACAAUACGCUCCGAAGAGGCCUCUGGGACAAUUGGUGGUUAGCAGACGUAAUAGUUGUCCACCAAGUUUGAGUCCAAGGCUCCGAAGAGGCCUCUGGGACAAUUACCGUGACGGCAAUGGGUGGAUACCGACCGAAAAUCGACCGAUUGGUGGUCCACUCAAUGCACGUUGGCAAAAGGCCAGUGUAGCACGAGUUUGUGAUCAACUUAAAAAUAAAGCAGACAAUAUUAUGGGCAGACUUUCUCAAGAAUGUAGGAGCUCUGUUGGAUCUUAUGCAUGGAAAACUGAUGACAAAUUAUGGCUGAGCCAAGCUGGAAGGCAACUCAAGCACUGUGUGAGCAAAUGGCGUGUCGAAAACGCCCGUCUUGUAAUGACCCGC